CCCCCUCGUACAACUACAACCAGUCUGCUCCACCCACGUCGUCACGUCGACGGACGACGGAAGACGAGUCGAGGCUCGUCACGUCUGAAGACUACCACCAAAGGCUGAUGAAAGUCGGGCCCGGACCCCGAGACACGAGACGGCAGGCAGCCAGCACUCUUGUCUCUUCUCCUCCCUUCCUCCCUCUCUUCCCCUCCUCCUCCACGUCGGCGAAGUCCUUUUCUUUCCCCUUCUCUCGUCCUUCCGCCGCCUAGUCUCCCAACGUUUCGAAGCGUAGAACAACCUCCACCGCUUCUGAGCUCUCCCCUCCAACCUCGCCUCUUCUGUUUUGUUUUAUCUGCUGCUGCGGUCCACCACCAUGGAUCUUCGAGAGAUAACUUAAAAAUCCAAUCCUGCAGCAGCCAGCCUCCAAAGCGAGACUCUGUAGCGUGUGCCGUCAGCCGUGUAGGUGUAGCAUCCACCCGCUUUGGUUGGAUUCUUGUUGCCGCUUUCUUCUCCUGAUCGUCCGCAUUGAGUUGAGAGAGAUUCUCGUUUGUGCUUUUGCUGGACGCCGCCUGCAAUAGCGGUUUCUUUGGUGACCAUGGUGAAUGACGGCGAGCAAUCGGCGAUCGCCACCGCCACUGCCGUGGAGCCUGGCGUCGUGGAGCGGGGCCGCGUGAGCGGCGGCGGGCGGCGGCUCGCGGGGGAGAGCUCGGGCGAAGAGGAGGGGAGCCAGCGCUUCUCGGAUGCUGAGGACCGGUCCUGGCACUCGCACUCGCGGCAAGGGUCGGCCUUGGAGGUCUGUAUCUCCGCGUCCGCAUCCAUCAGCUGCGACGCCGACGCCGCCAGUGCCGGCGGCGUGGACACGGCCGCCGAACGCGCCAGGAAGUCGUGCGUGUCGGAGUGCUCGCUGGACGACGACGUCGUCGACCUGGAGGCCGGGCUGGCCGAGAUCACCAAGGCCAGCCCGGACAAGGGUGAGAGGAACUGCCGCAUCUGCCACCUCGGCCUUGACAGCGCCGCCGCCGAGUCCGGCGCCGGGAUCGUGCUCGGCUGUUCCUGCAAGGCCGACCUCUCCCGUGCCCACAAGCAGUGCGCCGAGACCUGGUUCAAGAUCAGAGGCAACAAGAUCUGCGAAAUCUGUGGCUCAACCGCGUGCAACGUGGCAGGUUUCUGUGAUGCGGACUUCAUCGAGCAGUGGAAUGAAUCAAGCAACACUGCAGCUGCCCAGGCAACAUCCACCGAGCCUCGGAGAUUUUGGCAAGGGCACCGGUUCCUCAACUUCCUUCUCGCUUGCAUGGUGUUUGCAUUCGUUAUAUCCUGGCUCUUCCACUUCAAUGUUCCUGGAUGAGAGUACUCUUGGUGCACAUUGUUCUUAAUAAAAGCUCCAAAACCGUGACAGACGAGAUGCAAAUUGGCUGAGCAUGAGAAAAGAACUGGAGAUGAACAAGAGUUGCUCGGGUGAAAUGAAGGGUUGUGUGAAUUUUGUAGAGUACAACAACACAUGCCGCAGAAAAAAAAGGAAAGCCGGCUAAUUCUGUAAAGAUUGGUUGUGAGUGGUGGUGAAUGGGGAGUGGGAAAAAAAGGAAAGCCGGCUAAUCCAUUGCGUCAUGCUUGCAUGAUUUGUGUACCUUCGGGUUAAGUAGGUUGUUAGAUAUUCUUGGCUUGUAGCUUAGUUGGUUACAUUCUUUGUUGUGGAAUAUGUCUAUCUAGGUCGAACAGUUUGGGUGCUCGACUUUGCAUAGGGGAUAAUAUUGUCUUGGAUUCAUUCCAGAAAUAAAUGCUAGCCUGUUCGUUGGUCUAAAACGUCAUGGCUGAAAGAA